AUGGCUCAAGUGUUUGCCAAGCGCAAUCCACAAAGUCAAAGCAACCAAGCACCGCAUAUUUACGAUCUAUCGGUACAGAAUUCCCUGCGCGAUCGUCCAAUAGGUUACGUCGUCAACAGUCAUCAAAUAAUAGAUUUUUAUGGUUGGUGUCGUUUCAGAGAAGACGUGAAAAACUAUGAACCAAUUAUAGAUAGCCUCGAACAUGCUUUCUCUAAUUCUGUAUUUUGCUGCGGAGGAUAUGUACGCACACCAGAUGACGACCUCAAAGAUUUUAUCUUAAAAGUGAAACCGAAAGUUGAUUCCGAAGACGAGGAGAAUUGGAAGGAAUUCUCGCUGAACAAAAUUCUUCCUGAAGAUCUAAUGGAAUACUGCAAUCCUUCACCAUUCGGAGAUUUAAAAGAAAUGAAAACAGUACUUGACCCUGAAGUUCGUCUAGCUCAUGAAAUUGAAACAGAUAGAUUUGAUUUUGGUUACGUAAAUUGCAGACGUACAGAUAGAUUGAAUUUCGUAGAAUCUAAGAUAUUGCCUGGGAAAUUUUCAAUAAAUUACCAUAUUGCAGACGAACUCGUACCGGGAAGACAUAUCGAUCUGAAGCGAAAUAAAUUGAAUAUUUAUGGGAAGGGUGGUUUUUUCAAGUCGCAUGUAGAUACUCCCUCGCAUGAUAACAUGAUAGGAACACUGGUUGUAUGCCUUCCUUCACCCCAUAAAGGAGGAGAGUUGAUCGUUAGCCACGAUGGCCUUGAACAUGUCUUUGACUUUUCGAAGCUCUCGGAUGAUCGCAACGUAUUUCAAUGGGCUGCGUUUUAUGGGGAUUGCGUUCACGAAGUGAGACCUGUUAUUGAAGGUUUUCGAGUUACAAUUACGUACGGUAUCACCUUACCAGAUCAUAGAAACUUGAAGGAAAGUUACUAUGACAGACGUCAAACUCCUGUGGAAGAGCAUUUCGAAAUGAGCGCAAAAUGCGAAUUGCAUUCCUUCGCUAAAGUAGAUCGUGCCCUAGCAAAUCUUCCAGAAAAACUUGGUUCAAAAGCACCAGACUAUAUUGGGUUUAUAUUAAAACACAAGUACACCUUACCAGGGCUGCAACCAAAUAUGCUUAAAGGUGAAGACAAAGGUUUGCUCGAUUACCUCACUGACAAGGGUUGGAAAUGUCAACUUAAAACUAUCCUAUCCAGAUUUAUGACAACAAUGGUGUCUAUUGAUAUAGAGGACAUGGAUUAUGAAGAAACGCAUGAGAUAUAUGAAUUCAAACCACAUGAAGGCAUCCCUCCUGACUAUGAGUGGUACUAUCCUUCCUUACCCGAAUGGUCUGAUCGUUUCUCGAGGCGACGAAAUCCAUUCCGAAGUUUUCGUGAGUGGCGUGUUGGAAUUCCUUUUAUUGAAAUUUACCGGAAGCCAGAUGAGGGUAAGCUCGUACGCAACAAUGAAGGAGAAAGUGAUUGGGUUGGUAAUGAAAUGCAUGAUGUUGAUGUGGAUAAAAUUUAUUUGGAUUCUGCUCUCAUUGUCCAGCUUGGAAACAAGACUGAGUAA